CCCCGACGGCCUCUCCGCACAGCCUGGGCCCCUGAUCGGUCUCUAAAGCGCACUCUGUUUCAUUUCAGAAAUCGAAACUUAGAAUGAUUUGGCCAGUGAGAACCUCCUCAACUCAGUGGGCCUUGAGAACUCUGUCUUGAGCAGUCCACCUUGGUCUAUCAAGGGAAUCAUGGCAGCUGAUGGAGGUAACAAAACACAAGUUCUUAAGGAGCAUGGAGAUGAAAAAUUUUCCAAAGAUGAACAAAAAGAGAGAUUAAUUCAUAAAAUUGUAAAGGAAAAUACUCAGUUAAAGGAGGAAAUCCAAAAGCUUGAAGCUGAGUUAGAAGAGGCCGCCAGAAACUUCCAGAUUAAAGUGGAUAUUCCCACAAUACAGAUGAAAUUCACAUCCUCAGAGAAUCCUGAGAAGGACAGCCAGUUUUUUAACACCUCUUGUUUAUUUCAAGUGAGCUCCCAAGUUUUUUAUGAGCUACGAAGAGGACAAGCCCUUAUCACAUUUGAAAAAGAAGAAGUUGCCCAAAAUGUGAUCAGGAUGGGGAAACAUCAUGUGCAGAUAGAGGACUUGGAGGUGGAGGUGACGGCCAACCCCGUUUCAUUAAACUCUGGAGUCAGAUUCCAGGUUCCCAUAGAUGUGUCUAAAAUGAAGAUCAAUGUUACUGAAAUUCCUGAUGAGUUGCCUGAAAAUCAGAUGAGAGACAAGCUAGAACUGAGCUUCACUAAGUCCCAAAACAGAGGCGGACAAGUGGAGUGUGUGGAGUAUGACAAGCAGUCCCGGAGCGCCGUCAUCACAUUUGUGGAAAUGGGAGUUGCUGACAAGAUUUUGAAAAAGAAAGACUAUCCUCUUUAUAUAAAUCACUUGAGAAAUUUUCAGGUAUUUUCAGGAAUAUCUGAGAGGACAGUGCUUCUGACUGGAAUGGAAGACCUUCAGACGAUGGAUGAAGAGAUUGUAGAGGAUUUACUUAACAUUCACUUUCAACGGGAGAAUGGAGGUAGAGAAGUAGAUGUAGUUAAGUCUCUAGGUGAAGCCCACAUAGCAUACUUUGAAGAAGAGGCUCAUGGAAUCAUAUGAAAAUUAGAGCUACUGGGUCCAAAUCAUUAUCAGUGUUUGACAAAAAUGAGUAUCUGUUUUCCUGAAAAAAAAAGACACUUUAAAAUUUUUUAGUGUCCAUUUAUUCUUAGAUACAAAAUAA